AUGAAAUUCAGUAAAUGUUUCCAAGUACUUUUCAAUAUCCGAUAUGGCUGCAACUUUAAAGCCACUCUGAUAUUCUAUACGCGGCCUUUGAAUUUUGAUUUCAUCUUGAAGGUAGAAGAAGCAGCAAAAUAUGGAAUAAAAGUUACAAAGAACGAAAUAACCGAUCAUUUUGGACAAGCUUAUAGGAAGCAACAAUUAAAAGCGCCAUUCUAUGGUAUAAAACAAGGAAUGACUCCCCAAGAAUGGUGGAAAGAGCUUGUUUAUGCAACAUUUUCAAGCGCCGGUGUUCAUCCAAAGGAAUUGGAUACAAGCUUUGAUCAACUUUAUAAUGCAUUGUACAACAGAUUUACAACCGCUGCUGCGUAUUCAAUAUUUCCAGAUGUUGUGAAUACACUAGAAGAGCUAAAGACACGUGGAUUUAAAAUGGGCGUCAUUACAAACUCGGACGAAAGAGUAGCCAAAGUGGUUGAAAACUUAAAACUGGAUAAAUACUUUGAUUUUGUAUUAGCUAGUGCUGACGUUGGGUAUGAAAAGCCUGAUAAAGUCAUAUUUGAUAGAGCGCUCAAGAUAGCCGGUAAUGUCUCUGCAGAAAACGCUUUACAUGUGGGUGAUGAUUUAAACAAGGAUUAUUUUGGAGCUGCAUACGCUGGGUGGCAUUCUGUAUUACUUGCAAGAAGUAAACUCUCUUAUGAAGAUUUUUCACCAGCAAUGGUUGAAGACACAAGUGUGCCACUUCAUCGACCUAGGCGUCUUAUUAGCUUACAUGACCUUUAUCCUUAUAUAAGUACAUUGUGCGACAAGGACAAAAAGAGAACAUAA